AUGAAAAGACAUCCUGAUAAUAAUUAUUCAGAAAUACCAGAAAGAAGACCUACAAAUGCCUCAACAAUUCCCAAUAUUUUGGCUGAUGUUUCGCUUGAAAAUCUUAAUGACUCCUUGAAUGAUUUUUUAGAAAGCUUGGAUAACUCUUCAGUGAUGUCAAGCACAAGGAUGAAUCAAAAUUUAAAUGACGUAUUAAAUGAUCAAGUUCCAUUCGAAGAAAGAACCGGUAAUGAUUCUGUCGAACCAGAAAUAAGAGCUGACCUUAGCGCUGAGCUAAAAAGCUUUUUAGACGAUGUGGAAAAACUAUUCGGAAAGCCAACGUGGUUUCAUAGAAUUUAA